AUGGCGAUGCGGGCGGUCGUGGUGCUGCUGGCGGCGGCGGCGGCCGUGAGCCUGUUCGCGGCGGGCGCGUCGGCGCAGACGACGGAGCCGCCGUCGUGCGCGUUGAAGCUGGUGGCGUGCGCGGCGUACAUGAACGGGACGGACGCGGAGACGCCGCCGGACACCUGCUGCGGCCCGCUGAGGGACGCCGUGCAGAACCAGCGGACGUGCCUCUGCGAGCUCUACGUGGCGCCGGCGAUCUUCGCGGCCUACCGCAUCAACGUCACCGACGCGCUCCGCCUCCCCAAGCGCUGCGGCAUCAGCGAGGACGUCACCAGCUGCCCCACAAGAAUAAGCAUGAUGUGGUCUAGGCAGUACCACAGGGAGGUGUGA